AUGGCAGUGCUUCCAGACCCGGAUGACUUUUCACGCUACGAAGCCUUCAAGAUUCACACAACCACUUACAAGACCGUUGGCUCACACCCAAUCACACUCAGCGUGCUAGCCCCAGAGAACCUGAAAUGCCCAGCUACAGGUGCACCUACCAUCCUUCGCUUCCACGGCGGUGGAUUUGUGACUGGUUCCGCGCUCUAUCCAGGCUUCUUCCCUCGCCACCUUCUGGAGUACGCGAUCAACCACUCAGCCAUAAUCAUAAGCCCCAACUACCGCCUCCUUCCUGAGUGCCGCCAAUCCGACAUUCUGGCCGACAUCGAAGAUGCUUGGCAAUGGAUGCUCUCUUCCCUUCCAGCCUACCUCGCUUCAGUCACCAACGACAGCGUGAAACCUGAUCUCACACGUAUCAUGACCACCGGAGACUCCGCAGGCGGCUACCUCUCCCUCAUGACAGGACUGAACCACCCGGAUGGCGUCAGAGCCGUGACAGCAGCCUACCCCUGCACAGAUCUGAAGAGCCGCUACUUCACCGAGCACUACGAAAAACAGCUCUUCGUCUUCCCACAGAUGAAUCUUGCAGAACUUGAAGCCGCGCACGCUGCUAAGAUGGCUGAGUCGAACACGACUGUCCGAUCCGAAGAUCCGACCUUGUCUGAAAUCUCGUUGAUGGUGGCAUACAUUCAGCAUGGCGUGAUCGUGCAUAGGUUCUUUGAUUUUGACGAUCCCUCACAAUUUCCGAUCGAGCGUGUUGAGAGAGGUGAGAGGUUUGCAAGGGGCGGAGUGUGGAUCUGGCAUGGCAAGAAGGAUAGUGUGGUGCCGAUCGAGGGGACGCAGAAGCUCUUUCAGGCGCUGGGGAAGAAUGAUCCAGAGUUGCGCGUGAGACUUGUGGUGGACGAGGAGGGUGAGCAUGGGUUUGACACGGAGCUGGAGAUUGAGGAGUCGGGUCUGAAGGAGACGCUAGAUGAGGUUGCGAAGGUAUGGUUAGCUUGA